CUGUCAUACAGUAUGUAGGGCAUGUCCAAAGUAUUGGCAGCUGACCGUCAGCUGGAGCGGGGCACAGCGAGCUAAUCGGCUAUCACCGUCUUUCAGGGCUGUCCCUCAGCUGAUGGAGCUUACUAUGCAAUGAAUAGCGAGCACUACUAGUAGUACCUAGGGUAGGCAGGUACUAACUACUACUAGGUAACUUCACGAUGUCGAACUAUCACGGCCUCAAAUCGCAAGGUCCCAAUUUAAAUCUUACGACCUUUUUGUGAAACUUACGAUCAAUCUGCCUAUUCACCUUGAUCUUCGGAUCUUCGGAUUAUUAUAUUCAUAUUUAAAAGACAUUCGUCUCUGAUUAGUGUUACAAAAUGUCCAAUCGUCAGUUCGGCCAGUUCAUCCGAUUACGGCUACAACUUCUAAGAGCCAGUCGCCCUCCUCGACGAUCCUUUACCACUGGCACUAGCAGGACCAACAGUACCCGUUGGAUUACCGGAACUACCGUUGCUGCCGUUUCCAUAUCAACUGUAGCCUACGCAAUGGCCAACCAGAAACCAGUAAAACUCGACGCACGCUCGCUCGCCGAGCUCGACGAGCGCACGAAGCGCGAGAAGGGCGUUGACGAGAAUUCGCCAAUGCGCCUGCGCAUGGAGGAAUUCAUCCGCGAACAACAAAAAGCCAUUGUCUUCGAGCUCGAAAAGUUAGACGGGAAGAGCUUCCAAGAGGACACGUGGUCAAGAGAAAAGGGUGGUGGUGGCAUUUCCUGCGUCUUGCAAGAGGGCAACGUCUUCGAAAAGGCCGGGGUGAAUAUCAGCGUCGUGUAUGGAACAUUACCGAAGCCGGCGAUUGCGAAGAUGAGGGUCAACCACAAACACAUCGCGGAGGCGGACGAGGUCGACUUCUACGCCCUCGGUCUCAGCAUGGUCUUGCAUCCGAAAAACCCAAUGGCGCCAACAGUCCACUUAAAUUACCGGUACUUUGAGACAAUGCGACCAGAUGGUACCUCGCAGGCUUGGUGGUUUGGAGGAGGCAGCGACUUGACGCCUAGCUACCUGUUUGACGAGGACGCCGUACACUUCCACAAGACCCUGAAAGAGGCAUGCGACAAACACAAUAAAGACUACUAUCCCAAGUUCAAGAAAUGGUGCGACGAGUAUUUCUGCAACACGCACCGAGGCGAAUCUAGGGGUGUGGGGGGCAUAUUUUUUGACGAUCUGGACGAGACAGUGGCUGAUGCGGACAACACUUUUGCCUUCAUCCAGGACUGCUUAAAAAGCUUCUUGCCCUCCUACCUGCCCAUCAUGGAAAGGAGGAAGGACAUGCCCUACACAGCCAAGGAGAAGGAGUGGCAACAAGUGCGCAGGGGAAGAUAUGUCGAAUUCAACCUGGUUCACGACCGCGGCACGGCGUUCGGGUUGAACGUGCCCGGAUCGAGGGUGGAAAGCAUCCUGAUGAGCUUGCCGUUGACGGCGUCUUGGCGCUACAUGUACGAGCCAGAGCCCCGGAGCCGGGAGCAGAGACUGGUGGAAAUCCUUAAGAACCCGAAGGAAUGGGUGUAAAGAUGCUAUGUUAUGUUAUGUGAUGUUAUGUACCUAGACAGAGACGGGAGCUAUGGAUGUAUCAUAUGACAAAAAGGCGCACGACGAAAAGAUUAAUAAUGAUAAGGAUACUUGAGUAACGGAUAGGGCUUGAUGUAUACCUAGAAAUAGAAGCUAUUGAUUAUUAUAUAGGGAAUCCUUAUGAGAAGAUGAAGAAAUUCAAGACAAUUACAGCUUAUACGUUUACAUCCUUACCAUACUCUAGGCAUUCUCGUAUUAUAUUUCU